ACAAUCGCAAACAACAGCUUUAGCUGCAACUGUAAAGGUAAAUAAGUUGACUUUUAAAAUGAUGAACUCCAAUCAAAAUGAAUUUGCCGACCAGAACAACAACUGGUGCAGCAACAACAAUAACAACAACAAGAACAGCAAAGACGGAAAGAAUAAACUGAAAUAUGAGCUGCCAUCGGACUACAAGUACGAGGUGCACGUAUGCGUCUGCUUUCGCCCGCAAAAGGCAUUCGAGUGCCAACGCUGUCAUCAUUAUUUCCAUGGACGCAUAAGCGAGCACUGCAAGGUGCAUCCCUCGGAAUUCUUUUUGAUGGACUUUCGCUAUUGUCCAUACUGCUCGGCGCCCAUAACGGAUGUCAGGGAAUCGAAGCUGAGCUGGGAGCAAAUCCGCAAAAUCGAGGAUGCCAAUUUGCCAAAUGACGGCGAUGACUUGUAGCUGGAUUUGACAUUCAGCAAUACAUUAAUUAGUUUUGUGUACAUUUCAUGUGUAUCCAUUAAUAAGCUAUGAUUAAACACGUUCUUGUUAUGCUUGAGAUUAAU